CUAUAAAAGUGGUAAACAUGUAAUUUCCUUUAUUGUUUUUGGUUGGAAGGUGUGCACCGGUGUGAUGGUACAUGGCUAUGGUCAUGUGAAAAUCAUCUGCGCCGAGCUUCAAGAUUUUACGAAACAGCACAACUUCUCUACUAUAGAAGACUUUAGAGGGCAUUCGCUUCAGUACUUUACAACACAUACAGAUUUAGUCAAGAGACAGAAAGAAGCUAUUGAGCAGAGAAAAACCGAGAGGGGAGGCUUGAAAUCUGAUAAAGAUUGGACCGGAGAUGGGUUCGUGAAGGAGACUGAGAGUAUGGUUUCUAACUAAGUGAUGGACCCAAAAUACUUGAAUAAAGUUAGGAACUUCCUUCACAGCCAAAUGGCAAAGACUCUUCCUUUCUAUCGUUUCACAUCAACUUCUCACUUGAAAAUAAAAGAAAACUAAAGUUGAUUUUAUCUUAUGUUCUUCAAGUUGUAUAUCGUUUGUAUAAUGUAUCCGUUGUCACCAUUUAUUCAAAGACCUUUUACUGUUGUGACA